CCCGCUCGAGCUACAUUUCCGCAGCACUGCAAACACGAGAUCUCAGAGAAAAACGAGAUCCAUGGCGAAGAAGAAGCAGAGGCCAACGCCAGAAACCCUAACCCUAACCCAAGAAUUCCCAUGGUCAACCAAAACCCUGACCCCACCAACAACAGCCCUAAUCCUCCUCUUCUCCCUCCUCGUCCGCGUCCUCGUCUCCCUCGGCCCUUACUCCGGCCAGUCAACGCCGCCAAUGUACGGAGACUACGAGGCUCAGCGCCAUUGGAUGGAGAUCGCCCUCAAUUUGCCCAUUAAAGAUUGGUAUCGUAAUUCUACGGCUAACAAUCUCUCUUACUGGGGGCUUGAUUACCCUCCUCUCACUGCUUAUCAGAGUCUUUUCCAUGGGUUUGCACUCAAUUCCUCGGCUCCGGAGGCGGUGGAGCUUGGUUCUUCGAGAGGGUUCGAAUCGUAUCGAUCGAAGCUGAUGAUGAGAUGGACUGUGAUUACGUCGGAUUUGAUGGUGUUUUUCCCGUCGGUGUUGUGGUUUGUGUGGGUUUACUGCAAGGGGAAGGAGGAGGAGUCCUCACCUUGGCUGUUGGCGAUGAUUUUGUUGAACCCUUGUUCGAUUUUGAUUGAUCAUGGGCAUUUUCAGUAUAAUUGUAUUAGUCUUGGAUUGACACUUGGAGCGAUUGCUGCUGUUUUGUCGAGGAAUGAGAUUCUUGCUGCUGUUCUCUUCAGUCUUGCUAUCAAUCAUAAGCAGAUGAGUAUGUACUUUGCACCAGCAUUUUUCAGUCAUCUUCUUGGGAAAUGCCUUCGGCGGCAGAAUCCAAUCCUUCAUAUCAUGAAACUUGGUAUCGUUGUCUUAGCUACAUUUGCACUUGUGUGGUGGCCAUAUUUGUAUUCACUGGAUGCAAUAAAGGAGGUUCUUUCUCGAUUAGCUCCCUUCGAAAGAGGAAUAUACGAGGAUUAUGUUGCCAACUUCUGGUGCAGUACCUCAGUCAUUUUAAAAUGGAAGAGAUUAUUUUCAAUACACUAUCUGAAGUCUCUCAGUUUAUUCGCCACGGUUUUUGCCUUUCUUCCUUCCCUCAUUCAGCAAAUCAAAGCUCCAAGCAAUCACGGUUUCCUAUACGCUCUACUAAACAGUUCAUUUGCCUUUUACUUGUUCGCUUACCAAGUUCAUGAGAAAUCGAUUAUGCUGCCUCUUCUACCUGCAAGCCUUUUAGCGAAAAAGGAACCUCUCCUCUUCGGGUGGUCAGUAUUUUAUGCUCUUCUUUCAAUGUUUCCUCUUAUUUCACGGGAUCAAUUGGUCCUGCAAUACUUGGCCCUUUUUGCUCUCUUCGGUCUCAUAUACUACUCACCUGGUGGGAGAUGCAACACAAAAGAAGAGAGGUUAUCUAUCAGAACUAAAGCAUUGAUGAGCUUGCCAUUAUCAUGCUCAUUUGUGCUUCACAGCAUUUAUUUGGUAGUGCAGCCUCCAGCGAGGUAUCCUUUUCUCUUUGAGGCCUUGAUUAUGUCUCUUUGCUUCUCUCAGUUUGUGAUCUUGACUUGUUAUACCAACAUUAAGCAAUGGAGGUUAGACUCCUCUGAUGCGGAAAUGAGAGGGAAAAAGGAUACCUGAUCCAAUAACAUCCAGUAAAUUUUUUGUAAUGCUGGAUUUGUUCUACUGUAAUAUUACUAAUUUAACCACAGAUGAGCCUUAUCGACAAUGAAGUGCCUUUUUGUUGUUCAGUCAAACUUUUCUAAUAUACAUCUGUCAUAUUACUUUCCUUCGA